UUGACUCUUGGCCGUUUCAAUUUCUCCCAUUCAUUUUAAAAGAAGUGAACAGUCUCUGCGAAGUAUUCUCUGGCAAUACUGUGGUUCGUUAAUUCGCGGACGGGAAGUAGCGGCCAGUCGCAAGGAGUGAGCUCACACCUUAAAUCAGAUGCGUCCACUAGAAUUUAAUUUAAACCACUAGACCCUGCAUGUUUACUUUUAUUAGACUGGAAUGAACAUUAUUUCUAUUUACAAAGAUACAACACUGUCCUCCCCACAUUAAAUAAUAACUGACGCGCAGUGUGACGUUUCACUUGUGUUAUCUUUGAAUCAUCUUUAUGUCGGGAUGCUGAGCCUGAGGAACGAGGCCUAAAACAAUCAUUUAUUUCAUUUAUCGAUCAUCUUCAACGCAAUGGAUGAGAUUUUACGGAAACUUCAGGAGGCAUCGGGCAACAAACAUAAAGCAAUCCGGGACUCGUGCAGUGUCGCCCGCGAAACCCUUGAGGCUCAAAAUGGAUCAGUUAAAAUCACACCAUCUAAACUCAGGCAGAAGUGUCUGUUCCCUCUGCAGUUGGCACUGGAGUCUAAAAACACUAAACUGGCCCAGACUGCCCUCACUGGAAUGCAGAAGAUCCUGUGUGAGGAUUGCUUUGUUGCUGUGGAAACGGAGGUUCUAGAGAAGCAGCUGUUGAGUCAGAUGCUGGGAGCCAUCAGGGUGACGCCCACCCUACAUGAAGACCUGCAGGUGGAGGUCAUGAAGGUUCUGCUAUGUGUCACCUACUCCUCUUCAUUUGAGAUCAAUGGCCACAACAUCUUGAGAAUUGCUGAGGUUUGUAUCGAGACAUACAUAUCGAGCUGUCAUCGACGCAGCAUCAACACAGCGAUCAGGGCCACCCUCGGUCAAAUACUGGGAGACCUCGCCCUACAACUGCGCCAUAGACAAGACAUCACAGGUGUUGAUGGGGAGGAACAUUCCAUGUCUGUUCUCCAGCGCAAAGAUAUCUCUCCCACUACUGAUGCGCUGUAUGAAGAUGUUGUGAUGGUGCUAAUUGUAUUCUGUGACAAAUUGGAUUCUGUCUCAAAUGAACAGCAGUUGCUGCAGCUCUUGUAUCUGGAGUGUAUCCUGUCUAUGCUGAGCAGCUGUCCUCCUACAAUGCACCUGCAGCAUAAUUUUACUGACCUCAUCUGGAAGCAGUUAUGUCCAACCCUGGUGGUGAUUAUGGGAAACCCUGCGAGUGAUAAAAACAUCACCUCUGCUCAUGGCUGUUCGUCCCAGGACUCAGACGUGGUGUCAGGGACAGCAGUUUUGGAUCAAGGCCGGGGGUCUGGCUGCUCCUCGAGUGCUCCUGCCAUGAUCGGCCCAGUGCUCCGCACAAUCUGCUAUGUGGCAGCAGAGUUAGUUCGUCUGGUGGGCUGCGUUGAGUCCAUGAAGCCUGUGCUGCAGUCCUUGUACCACCGUAUUCUGCUCUAUCCUCCUCCUCAGCACAGAGUGGAGGCCAUAAAGAUUAUGAAGGAGAUUGUGGGAAGCCCCCAGCGCUUGUUUGACCUGGCUGGACCUUGUGUCAUUGAGCCUGAGACAAGGAAGAGAUCCUUCUCGAAAAGGAAGUCACAUCUUGACCUUCUUAAACUGGUAAUGGAUGGUAUAACUGAAGCGUGUAUGAAGGGUGGGAUUGAGGCCUGCUACUCCUCCGUCUCCUGUGCUUGUGCCCUGUUGGGUGCUUUAGAUGAGCUCAGUCAAGGGCGCGGCCUGCAGCAGGACCAAACUUGCAUGCUGCUGCGCCGAUUGGAUGAGCUAAAGGAGGGGGCAGAGUCUAUGCAUGAGUUUGUAGAACUUAAUGAAGCAGACUUCCACUGGCAGCGGCGCGUGCUCCCAUCUGAGAAUGCUGCCUGGGAGAGCACCAUCCUUGAAUGCAGCCCUGAAAUCAGCAUCAGCGUUACCACUGACACAGGCCAGACCACUUUAGAAGGGGACAUGGGUCAGACCACUCUGGAAAGGGACUUGGGCCAGACCACUCCAGAGGAAUGUGAGGUGGAACCACGCCUGCCAUUACCCACUGCGGGAACGGGCCCAGUAUGUGUACGAGAUAGUGGCCCCCCAGAAGCCAAUUCCAGUGCUGCCCCUCCAGACGUGGUUCAACGCAGCCAUGGCCAGGCUUACCCUGACAUCACCAACUUCCUGUCUGUGGACUCUCGAAGGUGGUCACACGGCCCACGCUACAGCGAAAGCAACUUUAGUGCGGACGGGCAGGAAUUGUCCAGAACAGAGUUCGAUUUGUGCGACCAGUACUCCAUAGCUGCAGAAAAGGACUCUGGACGCUCAGACGUGUCGGACAUGGGCUCUGAUAACUGCUCGCUUGCCGAUGAGGAAGAGACACCGCGGGACUGUCCCGGACAUCGUACGCUACGGAUAGCUGCUCUGUCUCUGAAAUUGCUGAAGAAACAAGAAGCUGAUCAGCAGAGUGCCCAGCUCUUUGUGCAGUCUUUAGCUGCGCUGCUGCCUCGUCUGCUAGGAUUGCACAGCACAACAGAUGUAGAUGUUUCCCUACAGAACUUCUCCUCCACCUUCUGUUCAGGGCUGCAAGCAGGUGGCGUUCACUCUCCAGGCUUUGAGGGCUGUGAAAACCUGAACUGUCAGGCUCUGAUGAAUGCUGAUGGAUUGUAUUUGGUGUCUUAUUACGCUCUACUGCUCAACCUCAAACUAUGUUGCUGUGACUACUACCACAGGAAGACCACGCCUGCUCUGGUCACUCUGAAGGAGUUUGUGCGUCAGGUCCAGAGCAGUGGUGUUCUGGUGGUUUUGUCUCAGGCAUGGAUCGAGGAACUCUAUAAUCAGGUGCUGGAGAGGAAUCUGCUGGGAGCGGCUGGAUACUGGGGGUCAGCUGAGGAGCAGUCUCUACCCCUCAUCACCAUACUCACUGAUAUUGAUGGGCUGGGCAGCAGUGCUAUUGGUGGUCAGUUGAUCAGAAAAGCCUCCACAAAGUCACCCUUCACCUGUGACAAGAACAGCAGUGGCAACCUGGUGGCAGGUGUGGUGUUUGCCCGCUACAUCCUGAUUGGCUGCUGGAAAAACCUGAUCGACACGCUGUCCACGCCGCUCACAGGUCUCAUGGCAGGCAGCUCCAGGGGUCUCGCCUUCAUUCUGGGAGCGGAGGGAGUUAAAGAGCAAACCCAGAGAGAGAGGGACACCAUCUGCCUCAGUCUGGAUGGUCUACGCAAGGCUGCGGCCCUCAGCUGUGCUCUGGGUGUGGCAGCUAACUGUGCAUCAGCUCUUGCUCAGAUGGCAGCAGCAUCAUGUGUUCAGGAAGAGAAAGAGGAGAAAGAACUGGGCGAGCCUGGAGACGCCAUUGCUCAAGUUAAACAGCAUGUGGAGCAGAAACUGGAGCAGAUGGGUCGCUGUCAGGGCGUGAGGUUGCACACAGCACAUGUGCUCUGCAUGGACGCUAUACUCAAUGUGGGACUGGAGAUGGGCAGCCAUAACCAAGACUGCUGGCCGCAUGUGUUCAGAGUGAUAGAGUUUGUGAGUUCACUGGAACACACUCACUUCAGUGACGGAGGCUCCCAGCCACCCAUCACUAUAACGCAGGCGCAGCAGUCCGUGGCAGUGGACCUGGAGCUGGAGUUGAGCGUUGAGGCCAGUUUAGAGCUUGAGCUGGGGCUCAGUCAUCCUGUCAUCCAGCCCCUUACCAUCCAGGAGCUGUUGAGAGAGAGCAGUCGCGGGAAAGGCUUCGAUCUGCGCGGAGGCAGUCUGCUCACCGGCAUCGGUGCGGCCAAAGCUGUCUGCACCCUCUCCACACAAGCUGACAGGUUGUUUGAGGAUGCAGUGAGUAAACUCAAUCUGGUGGGUCUGGUGGACUUCCUGCAUCAGCUCAGAAAAGCAUCACAGUCUCAACUCUUUGAUUCAGUCACAGAAACCGGAGACUAUUCCUUGGCCAUGCCAGGGGAGGCCAAGUCUACGCAGGACAAAAGCAGUGCUCUGCAUCUCUUCCGGUUAGGUGAGGCCAUGCUGCGCAUCGUGAAGAACAAGAGCAGACCACUGCUGCACAUGAUGAGAGCCUGGAGCGUGGUGGCACCUCACCUGGUGGAGGCGGCAUGCCACAAGGAGCGUCACGUAUCCCAGAAGGCUGUGUCGUUCAUUCAUGAUGUUCUGAUAGAGGUUAUGAGCAGCUGGGCAGAGCUCCCACACUUUCACUUCAACGAAGCUCUCUUUAGACCCUUCGAGCACAUCAUGCAACUGGAGCUCUGCGAUGAAGACGUACAGGAUCAGGUGAUCACCUCUAUUGGCGAGCUGGUGGAGAUGUGUUCUACUCAGAUCCAAUCUGGCUGGAGACCGCUGUUUAGUGCCCUCAGAACUGUACACGGCAACAAGACGGACAUAAAGGAUUACCUGAUAGGAGAAUAUUCAAUGGGGAAGUCACAGGCACCUGUGUUUGAUGUGUUUGAAGCCUUCAUUAACACAGACAACAUUCAGGUGUUUGCCAAUGCAGCGACGGAUUACAUCAUGUGCCUUAUGAAAUUUGUCAAGGGUUUAGGUGAAGUGGACUAUAAGGAGAUCGGGGACUGUGUUCAUGUGAGCGGAGUCGGCUCUACAGAUCUGUGUCUGCCUGCACUAGACUAUCUGAGGAAAUGUUCACAGCUGCUUGCCAAAAUCUAUAAGAUGCCUUCUAAACCUGUGUUUUUGGGUGCACGGCUGGCCAGCCUGCCCAUGCGAGCGCAGGAGCAGUCCAUCAGCAGCGAGGACGGAAUGGACUGUGUGUUAGCCGAGUUUGAUGAUGACACAGGUCUGAUCCAGGUGUGGAUUCUUCUGUUGGAGCAGCUGACUGCAGCCGUGUCAAACUGUCCUCGUCAACAUCAGCCACCGACACUCAAGCUGCUGUUUGAACUGCUGCGAGAGGUCACCAAGUUACCAGGGCCUGGCUUCGCCAUCUUCUCUGUCAUUCAGCUCCUCCUUCCUGUCAUGUCACUAUGGCUACAGCGAAGCCACGGCGACCACUCGUACUGGGACAUCGCCGCGGCAAACUUCAAGCACGCUAUCGGACUGUCCUGCGAGCUGGUGGUGGAACAUGUUCACAGCUUCAUCCAUUCAGAUAUUGGCUAUGAGAGUCUGAUUAACCUGAUGCUGAAAGAUCUCUUCAGACUGCUAGUGUCUUGCGUAGCUGAACCAGCCGAGACCAUUUCCAGAGUGGGCUGCUCCUGUAUCAGGUAUGUUCUGGUAACAGCGGGUCCUGUCUUCACUGAGGAGAUGUGGAGGUUAGCCUGCUGUGCGCUGCAGGACGCGUUCUCUGCCACACUGGAGCCGGUGAAGAAUCUGCUGGCUUGUUUCCGGAGCGGGUCAGACAGUUUUGCGGGCGACGCGUGUGAGGUGAAAGUGGCGGCCCCCUCACAUUCCCCCUCAGCAGAGGCCGAGCACAUGAGGGUUCGGGCCAUGGCUCAACAGGUCUUUAUGUUGGAUACGCAGUGCUCCCCUAAAACUCCCAGCAGUAAGGAUGGUUUUGAGCAUGCUCAGUCCUGUGUGCUGAUCAUUGAACUUCCUGCUGAUCAGCAUUCUAACGGACACACUCAGAAGAGGAUUCCCUUCAGAAAUCUAGUUGUAAGUUUACUGUCCCAUCAAGUCCUGCUGCAGAACCUGUAUGACAUCCUCCUGGUGGAGGUCCAGGGCAGAGUCACACCAGUGUCUGAGCCCAAGCCUGCAGGAUUUCUGCACUACAUCUCAAUGCAGAAUCUGGCCAUCAUCUUUGACCUUCUGCUGGACUCGCACCACACAGCACGAGAGUUUGACACCCGUCCAGGGCUCAAGUAUCUGCUCAUGAAAGUCUCUGGAGUGUGUGGAGCGGCUAACUUAUACCGCCAGUCCGCCAUGAGCUUCAACAUCUACUUUCAGGCUUUGCUGUGUGCCAUGCUGACCAACCAGGAGAACAUCACUGUGGAGCUGGUGAAGAAGAUCCUGAGUGAGGAAGAGGAGCGUGGCUCUGACUCAUCACAGCAGUGCUCCUCUGAGGAUGAAGAUAUCUUUGAGGAGAUGGCUCGGGUGAGUCCUCCACGUGCUCGCGAGAAGCGCCAGUGGCACGUCCGCAUCCCUUCUCUUAGCAAGCAGCUCGCCAGGAGCGUGGACUGGGCAUGGCUGGUCAAACGGCUGCACAAGCUCUGCAUGGACCUGUGCAACAACUACAUACAGAUGCAUUUGGACCUGGAGAGCACCCUCGGAGAGCAUCCCAGCCACCGGGCCGACCCACUCUUCUUCUUGCCCCUUUAUAAUUCCGAAAACUAUGCACCCUCUACCGGGGGUCUGUCAGGCCAUGGGACACCUUCAGAGGACAGCUUCUGCCCCCACCUGGAUGAGACACUCUCAGAGGAUGUCCACAGCCCUGGUGUAAACCUUCCUCAUCUGAGAGGAGACCCGAGGGACAAAGGGAGUAAGAAGGAAUGGUGGGAGAGUGCCGGGAACAAGCUGUACACCAUCGCCACAGAUAAAACCAUCACCAAACUGAUGAUCGAGUACAAGAAACGCAAGCAGCAACAGCACAGCCACACCACGUUUUCCAAAGAUGUGAAAGUGGGUGAGAAAAGGGGCGAGGCUGUGAGCCUGCAAGGCCCAGGGCCCCAGAGGCCCCAGCAGCUUGUGGAGCAGGGGCCGAUGCGUCACUCCUUCAGCACGGGACCUGAGCUGCUACGACAGGAGAAAAGACCUCGAUCGGGGUCCACGGCCAGUUCUCACAACAUUUCACUCAGAGAUUCUGAGGCACAGAUACAGGCUUGGACCAACAUGGUGCUGACAAUCUUGAAUCAGAUCCAGCUCUUGACGGACUCCACAUUCAUUGCGCUGCAGCCAGCGGUGUUCCCCUGCAUCAGUCAGCUGACAUGUCACGUGACUGACCUCAGGGUACGGCAGGCAGUGCGCGAGUGGCUCGGACGAGUGGGGCGCGUUUAUGAUAUAAUCCUGUGAUGACCAACAGCCUCGUCUUUAGAGCCGUUUUGCUUGUGAUUUAUGUGUUUGCCGAAACUAUUACCUGCUUAACUUUGUAAACUUUUUUACUGUAAUGCACAGUGAUUUCUGUGUGACACAAUUUCUUGUUCUGAAUGUUCUUCAAUAUUUAUGCUGUUAUAUUCAGAAUCUAUAUUUUUAUUUAUUUAUAUCUGAAUUAUUGCAACAUAUAUAUACUUAUGCAACUUCGUUUUUGUUCUGACAUUUGACUUCAAAAUACCUUGAAGAUUUCAAGCUGGACAUGUUUCACUAACAUUUGACAACCAGUGACAUAAUGCUUAAAAUCUACAUUUUGACGUCUUUAUAUCUAUCAUUUUAAACAGAAAAAUGUAUGCUUGUAAUGUCUUUAAAAUAAGUGCCACUAGGUUCAAUAUUUUGUCAUCUUAAGUAAUUACAUUUCUAUAUUUGUGUGUCUUCUGUGCCUAAUUAAGUUUUGGGGCCACUGUAGCUAAAGCAUAUUAUCUUGUGCUUUGCUAAUGCUGUAUUAUGUUGCAAAUAUUAUCAUCACAAUGUGUUUCAUACAAAGUAGUCCAUGUAAAUGACAUGUAAAAGAUUUACACACAUACUGUAUUUCAAGCCAAUUCCAGAUUCUCUAAAUGAACACUGCAAAACACAUGAACACAUCCUUUUGUAGAGUAUUUGGCCUAAUCCAUACAAAAAGUACAUACAUUUGAAAUCAUUAACCCAGAUAGUUUUUCUUCAACAGCUUGUGUUGUCUAUAAAUAUGUGAAAUCUACCUAUCCACAAGUGCUUCACAAGCUUUCAAAACACUCACACACCUCACGAUUCAGUUUAAACUUCCAAUGUCUAUCAUAUAUCAGAGUGAUUAUCAGCCAGACACUGUGCAUCCUAGAUUUCACUACCCACAAUCCAUAGUUCAGCAUACCACAUACUGGCUUUAAUGUUCACCAAACAACAAUACUAAAGAUUAUUCAAGUUUACAUUGAUUUAAAGUUAUAAUAAUGCCUGUUUAUAUCAAUACAACAACAAUAGUAUGAUUUCCAUAGCUGCAACAUCUACUAUCUGAAUGUACAGAAACUAUGUCUCAAACGCUUACAUUUUCAAUCGGUGAAUAUCUGCAAUCUGUAUGAGAUUUGUUUGCACUUUUGAGGCAUACAGUUUUAUUGCUUUAAUCCAAAUACACUUUCUUCAUAGUUCUUGUCCUGAAGAACUGCAGUUGUUUUAAUAACAGUUUGUCAUCUGCAUGUAUUAUUUAUUAUAGAUGUUCUUGUUGGUGUGUAUGGAAAU